AUGGCGCUGACUCGGACAAGCUGCGGACACGAAUCGUCGACAACGACGACAAGGACGACGACGGCAAUCACCGGCUCACACAUUGUUGACCUCCUGAGCCCUGCCAGGCGUCCGCCCGGCAAAGAGCUCCCGGGUUUGGACGAUACCGACGCCAACGCCAACGCCUACCGCCGCGAGGAGGUCGAGGUCGAGGUCGAGGUCAAGAACAAGCACAAGGACGAGGAUCAAUGCGCCUGUUCUCGAGCUUGCCGUAUCAAUAACCGAAACCACGAUUACGAGGACCUCUUUGUAGACGAGGUCGCCUCGGGCACAGACUCGCACGCGCACACCGGCGCAAGCAGCCCCAUAGCCACAUCAGCAUCCCUGUGGAGCAAGCAGACCCACAGGAGAUCGAGACGCUGUGGCGGGGACGUCUAUGAGCUCAAGCAGAAAGUCGACAGCGCAGCCAUCGUGACCAAGCCUUCCGCCACGACGCCGCCGACCACUCCAAGCUUCGGCGACAUCGUCACCAUCGAUGCCAACGUCGCUGCGUGCCGGGAAGAGACAUGCGCUAUCCACUUUGGCGCUCGCCUCGUAGGCAUGGUUGAACCUGUCGUCACGAAGGAGCGCGCUACCCAGUUCUUCAAGAUUUCCGAAGAGCUCCGAAGCCAACGCGCAUGCGAGACGCUGGAGGAACUCAAAGAAGCAGUCGGCAUGUACCUGGCGCCACACCAUCGCCCCAGCCCAGAUGAUACUUCCGGCGCCAAUGCCGCGUUACCUACCCGCUCGGCAUCUUCAGCCACGAAGUGGGCUUCGCGCAGGUUUCUUCAGGCCGACAUCACACGCGCCGACGACGGCGGCGGGGGCUGGCAUCAGAUCAAGCCCCGCGACGAGGACCUGCGCGCCGUCGCCAGCAUCACCUUCUGGCUGGCGCCGUUGUCCGCCCCCGAGGACUUCACCGGGCUGAUCGAGAAGACGGCGUACUGCAUUGGCCGCGACAACGCCAUCUGUCCGUACCUCUCGAUCGAGUUCCAGACGGCCGCGGAGGACAAGGCUGCCACCGUUAGGUUGCGGCUGGCGCGGAUGGGCGGCGACGCGCUUUACAACCGGUUCCUCCUGCGUGAGAAGCUGGCGCAGAUAAGCCAGACGGGCAACGACGUGACGGAGAAGAACGGGGAGAAGGAGCAGGGAGAUGCAGUGGAGCGUGGCGCGAGAAUCUGGAAUGCGCUUCGACAUUACGGCAUCAUCAUCGGCUGGAAGACCUUCAGUGUCUGGGUGAUUGAGCCCGAGCCACCCGCACUGACAACUGACGGCCGAAGCGAGAGAGCAAAGACGACAGCCCCAGCCACAGCAUCCGGUCCCUGUUCCGCAGCGCCCUCGAGACCCCCGACAUCUGAGCAGCGAAGCGUUGCAUCGUCCACUGCCCGAACACGAGACGGCCUAGGCUCGACAGUCGUUCCCGCGCCCGUAGGCACACAGUGGCGUGGCGGCCGGAUGCGACAGCUCUUCGGCAGGGGGUACCGCGCUGCGAGCGUCGAGAUGCUCGCCCACUGGAUCAACGCCAUCCAUCACUGGGCCGGUGUCGAGUACGCGGGGGCUCUGGGGGAUGAAUUCUCGGCGGCCCUCUAUUCUACUAUGGAUGGCUCUGGCGAGAUGGUGCACGAGGAUAUCGGGAGCCAGGAGCAGGCAUGCUGGCGGGGCGUGGAGUGA